AUGUAUAGCUAUAUAUUUAAUAUUACAAUAUCACUGUAUUUUUUUAAACCUUCUAUAUUAGAUCCUUUGCCAAAUGAUAAUAGAAGUGAAAUAUUACUAAAAGAAAAUAAAGAUAUCUUGGCAAUGUUACAAGAUCAAGAUAUGCAAAAUGAAGAUGAUAAAUCAUCAAUUUCUUCUUUACUAGAAGAUAAUUAUAAUUAUUCUGAAGGGUUUAUAUCAGCUAGCCAAAUGUAUAUAGUAACUUCAAUACCAAUUGCAAAUACAAGCAAAUUUGGAGAAUCUUCAAAUUCUUGGAAUGUAAAUUCUGCAAAUUCUGGUGAUAAUAGA